AUGACUUCACAUCCACUUAUCGAAGCAGGUUCAACUGUUAUGUUGCGCGCUAUAGAACUUGAAAAGCAAUUGAAGUUAACGGAAAGCUUGGUUUGCUAUCAAGAAAGCAUUGGAUUGUUUAUCAAGGCUCUUCGAUCACUUUCUGGGAACACGCAGUUGGAGUUCAAAGAAAGACUUAAGCAAAAGGUAUCUGAGUAUAUGACCCAUGCAGAAAAACUCAAAGAUAAGCUUAAGCAAGAAACAGCAAUUGUUGUUCGUUCAGAGUCAAAUGUAAAAAAUAUUUAUUUGACAACAGGAGAAGAUGCUCAAAAUCCAAAUGAACAGUUGCAGAAGUUCCAGAUGCUGAAAGACGAUUUAAACAAACAUUCAGUAUGCUUUCAAUGGAUAUUUUCAAACUUGCUACAUGACCGAGAAAUACGGUUUGAUAAUGGUUGGAUUGUCAAAAUUGGUCGUGGCUUAGACUAUAUUCGACGAUCUGAGCAUAAAUUCUGUGGACUAGGUGUUCAUGAUUAUGAAUUCAGGCGAUGUUCUGCUACAACUAUAGAUAUUUUCCAUUCUUCUGUCAUACUUUGA